GUUCCAUCCUCGUCCCGGAUCUACAUAUUUCUGGUUAUUGUUAUAUAUACUAACCAGAAAAUUUCUGAUAUUGUUUUGUGUUGCGAAAUAAAUGAAUACAAAGUGAAGUAUUUUUUGGGUACUGAGGGUCUUCAAAACAGUUUCGGUUGAAACUUGACACAAAUAGCGGAACCCUAGAAAGCUUUAUUCCCUUGGCUCUUUAAUCUGCAAAAAAAGAAAAAAAAAAGAAAAAAAAAGAUGGCAGGUAAUUCGGGGGAAAAUCAAUUUCAAUUUUGGUCAAACUGAAGAAGAAGACGACGAACAGCGAGAAAGAGAGAGAGCUUAUUCGCAGUUAUUAUCAAGUCAUGUGGACGAAUGUUUUUAGAAUCGGAGGUCUCAGUCAAGUAUCAUGGUUCCAGUUUCACCCUGUUGAAUCUGAUUUAAGCUCCCUCCCAGACAAAAGGAUAAAAGUAGAGCAGAAAGAUGCUGCUACAUUGUUAGUUAUCUCGUCCCAUCUGCAGCUACAGAAGGAGGGAUUUCUUAGUGCAUGGACCAAUUCCUUUGUUGGACCCUGGGAUCCAUCUCAAGGUCUGCAUAAUCCAGAUGAGAAGAUUAAGCUGUGGCUUUUCAUCCCUGGACGUCAUGCAUCUGUUGUGGACUCUGCUCAAUCUGCAGUGUCCAGGUUAAGAGUUGUUGCUUCUGGACUCUGGUUGGCACCUGGUGACUCAGAAGAGGUUGCUGCUGCCCUUUCUCAGGCUUUAAGGAAUCGCAUAGAAAGGGCACUUUUGGGACUCUCCUACAUGAGAUUUGGUGAUGUAUUUUCAAGGUAUCAUCCUCCACAAAUUGAAGAAUCUAUCAGGAGAGCACAGCCUACAAUUGAGUUCAUCUUUGCUGCUACAGAAGAAUCUAUUUUUGUACAUGCUAUAAUAUCCUCAAAGCACAUCCGGACACUUUCAACUGGUGAUAUAGAAAAAGUAUUAGAGCAUUCUUCUAAUAAUACCAGUUACCUGCUUCCUGUGAUUAUUUCCCCACAUGGAAUGUGUGGAAAACUCACAGGAUGUUGUCCAAACGAUCUUGUCAAGCAAGUAUAUUUCAGCAACUCUGGCAAAAUUGGUCUACCACACCGUACUUCUCAAAGUUCUGUCUGUCAGUUGAGGGGCCAAAACUGCUAUGUUAAAGUUAGUCUUGGAUGCUCGAAAUCUAGAGGUGACAAGCCACUGAAUCCAAACCCUGAUUAUAUCAGGAAUUUACCCAAGCACCAGUCUACUGAAGCUUAUGCAAUGGGAAGAGUUGAUCAGAAGGGACCACUAGAUCUCUUAUCAGUACAUGAGAAGACAUUUAUUUAUCCACCUGAGGCUGUGCUUGUCCCUGUCUUGCAAACAUCCUUUGCUAGAUCCUCUCUGAGAAGAUUCUGGUUACAAAACUGGAUAGGACCUUCAUUGGCUGGUUCAUCCUUUUUUAGGCAUUGUUUUUGCAGUGAUGGCAAUUUAGAUAUCCUGGAAAAAUCUUGGGCUGAAUUCAGUGGAAUACACACACAGCAUUGCUAUAACAGCAGCAGCAAUAGUAAUAAUAGCAGCAUAAGUUCCUUAAGUAGUAGUUCCAGUGAUAGUGUGACAACUGGAGCUCGUGACCUGGAGGCAGAUGCAGAUUCAUCCUGUAGACAGUCUGGCUUAUCUUCUAAUGAUCAGAUGGAGACUGAUUGUCUCAAACUGGGCUCCAAACGGCCACGAAUUGGGAUGACAGAGUCAUAUGGUCAAGCAGGUACUGUUACAAAUGCUCCAACUGAAGAUGUGUAUAAGUCUAAUAUUAGGUCCAUGGAAGUUAACAGGGCAGUGAUUACAGGUGUCGGAAAUGACCAAAUUGGAUCUAAUUGGGAUUGGGAUGACGACGACAGGGGAAUUGUCAUGGAUAUCCAAUCUCUUCUCUCUGAGUUUGGAGACUUUGGGGACUUCUUUGAAAAUGAUGUACUGCCAUUUGGGGAGCCCCCAGGAACUGCAGAGUCAUCGGCUAUUAUGUUUGGUGCUUCAGAUUGCGGAGAUGUAGGAAGUAGUCCAGCUGGGGUGAUGGAUACUUCAGAUCAGAUGCUUUUGCCUGUUGGUCUUCCUUCCUUUGAUAGCUUUAAUCCACCUCUUCCACUUGUCACAGAGGAGUUUUUGAGCAAAAGUCAAGAGGUCACAAACAGUGCUGUGACAUCUGGUCCAUCAAAUCAAACUCCAGCUUCUUCCACUGGUGAGUUUGAUCAUUUAAUGAAAGCUGAAGCACUGAUGACGUUUGCAGUUGAAUAUGGAGCUGUAGAAACUCCUGCAAGUGAUUCAUCAUCAGUUUUUAGAAACCCUUAUCUCCCAAAGUCUCGUAAAGUGGAGAGUUCUAAUUCAAGCCAAAGUAAUUACAAAUAUGCUGCAACGCCUCCUUCUUUCCCUUGCUUUGGUGGAUUGGAUGAGAAGACUGGUAUGCCUAUGAAUCUGAAGGCCCACCCUGGAGGGCAUGAUUCAAACUCCAUGCUCCAACUGAAGAAAUAUUACACUCAUGUGGAAACUAGGGAAGAGAGAUAUGGCAGGAGGUUGCUCACACAUAAUGAUAGCAAUGCUACAAACGAGAUGUCAGGAACAUCUCAGUUUGGUAAUUUGUAUUCAAUCAAGUCAGAUAAGUCGGCAAGCAGGAAAAUGACACAAGGUGUAUUUGGUGGGGAGCGUAUCCUUCUAUCUAUGAAGACCGUGCUUGGAACUGAAGUGGAAUGUUCCAUGUUCCAAGCUUCCAUGUUAAGGAUGAGGCACAUACUUCUAUCUCCCACUAGCCCUGCAACUAUUAACUUGAGUAGGCCUACAGCAAGUUCUGUUUUAAACCAGCUUCCUGAUGAUCCUAGUACCAUGGCAGACAACCUAUCUAGCCGGUAUGAGGUGAAGAAAGAAUCUAUACCUUUCAAAAGUGCUGGUGAUAUUGAUGGAGUAAUGCUAGACGGACACCUUAAUGCACCUGUAGGUGUAUGGCGCACUGUUGGAGCUCCAAAAGUUUCAAAGCUUGCUACUUCAAGUAUUGAAGCUAGUCCAUCCUUAACCCAUAAUUUGUAUAAUGAGGAAAGUAUGCUCUCUUAUGGGCAAAGUCAACCACUUCAGGAACUUCUUGAUGGCAUUCCAUUACUAGUCCAGCAAGCUACUUCCUUUGUUGAUUUGGCUUUGGAUGCAGAUGGUGGUGACUGUCCUUACAGCUGGCUUGCAUUACAAGAGCAUUGGAGGCGAGGGUUUUGUUGUGGGCCUUCCAUGGUUCAUGCUGGUUGUGGGGGGACUUUGGCUUCUUGUCAUUCCCUGGAUAUUGCUGGUGUGGAGUUAGUAGAUCCACUUUCUGCUAAUAUUCAUGCUUCUUCCGUAAUCAGUUUGCUGCACUCUGACAUCAAAUCAGCCUUAAAAUCUGCAUUUGGCAGUUUGGAUGGUCCUUUGUCUGUCACUGACUGGUGCAGAGGUCGCGGUCAAUCAGGUGAUGUUGGAGCCUCUGCUGAUGGAUCAUCUACAGAGUCCAAUAUAAGUGAAUGCCGAGAUUCUUCAAGUACCGUAACUCUCUCUGUGGGAGAAGCAGUGAGUCCAUCCCAAACUUCUGUUGGCGGAUCAUCUUACCUUAAAGAUGGAGGUAAAGUUGAUGAGACCAGCCAAAGGAGAUUGAACCAAGAAACCUCUGGUUCUGAGUUAGAGCAACAACAAAGCAGCCGGCUAAGAUCAACUCUUUUUGUUCUCCCAUCGCCUGCCUUACUUGUUGGGUACCAGGAUGAUUGGCUUAAAACUUCAGGAAACUCUUUGCAGCUUUGGGAAAAGGCUCCUCUUGAGCCAUAUGCUCUACCAAAACCUAUAAAUUAUUCUGUGAUAUGCCCAGAUAUUGAUCCCCUUACUUCUGCUGCUGCUGAUUUUUUUCAACAACUAGGAAUCGUAUAUGAGACAUGCAAACUGGGAACUCACUCUCCUCAGAGUUUGGGAAACCAGAUGGAGAUUGAUUCGGGGAAAUGGUUUUCUUCUGGCUUUGUCCUACUUGAUUGCCCCCAAUCAAUGAAGAUAGAAAGUAGCAAUGCAUCUCUCCUGGGAUCAAUAAGUGAUUUUUUUCUCUCUCUGUCAAAUGGUUGGGACAUGACAUGCUAUCUCAAAUCUCUUUCUAAGGCUCUUAAAGCUUUGAAAAUUGGCCAAUUUUUGUUCACAAACCAAAAGGAAGGAAUAAGCAGCCCAUGCUUGGUAAUAUAUGUGGUGUGCCCCUUCCCCGAACCUACUGCAGUCCUAAAAACGGUCAUUGAAUCUUCUAUUGCUGUUGGAUCAAUUAUUCUGCCCUCAGAUAGGGAUAAGAGAUCACUACUGCACAGUCAGAUAGGGAAGGCAUUAAGCAGCUCAGCAGCUGCGGAUGAAGCAUCGGUAUCAAAUAUUCCUGUAGUUUCUGGGUUUAGUGUUCCAAAAGUGGUUGUUCAGAUUGUAACAGUGGAUGCCAUUUUUAGGGUUACAAGCCCACCUUUUAAUGAACUCAUCAUUCUUAAAGAGAUGGCUUUCACUGUAUACAACAAAGCUCGACGAAUUUCGCGAGGAUCCAUGAAUGAUCUAGCUCUUUCAUCAUCAUUAUCUAGAUCUCAUUCGGUCUUAACUCCUAUGACAUCUAUUCCAACAAUGUGGAAGGAUUCUGUUGGUUCUCGAAUCCCAGGGUCUUCUAUUCCUAGAGAGGGUGAAAUUGAUUCCAGCUUGAGGGGUGGUGCUUGGGAAAAUUCAUGGCAAACACGGACAGGAGGAUUAAGUUGCGACCCAAAUAGAAAUGGGGAUUUCUUCUAUCCUGACGAAGUUCGUUACAUGUUUGAGCCCCUUUUUAUUCUUGCAGAGUCUGGUUCUUUGGAGCAUGGAGUUUCUCCUACAGCUUUUGGUAAUUCAACCUCUGAAACUUCAAAGAUAGUCUCGGACGAAAGUGGUGGCGGCUUCAUGCAGGCUGCAAAUUCUGUAGGAAGUACUGAUCCUGGCUCAGGUUCUCAGCAUGUUGGGUUAGAGCCUGAUGGUCUUGAUUCUAGUAAUCAAAAGAUUCCGAGCUUACAUUGUUGCUAUGGAUGGACGGAAGAUUGGCGGUGGCUGGUAUGCAUCUGGACGGAUGCUAGGGGGGAAUUGCUUGACUGCAACAUAUUCCCUUUUGGUGGAAUUAGCAGUAGACAGGACACAAAAGGUCUACAGUGCCUGUUUGUACAAGUUUUGCAGCAGGGCUGUCACAUACUUCAGGCAUGCACUUCAUCCGAUACUGGUGUUGUCAAGCCCAGAGACUUCGUGAUCACACGUAUAGGAAGUUUCUAUGAGCUUGAAUACCUCGAGUGGCAGAAAGCUAUCUAUUCAGUCGGUGGAUCUGAGGUGAAGAAAUGGCCUCUUCAGUUGCGCAGAUCUGUUCCUGAUGGCAUGCCUGCUAACACAAAUGGAACUUCAUUGGAUCAGCAAGAGAUGAGUUUGAUUCAAGAGAGAACAUUGCCUUCCUCACCUAGUCCACUGUACAGUUCUCACACAAAGGCUAGCUUUAUGAAAGGUGGUUUAGGACAACCUGCCGCAAGAAAGCAGCUUUUGAGUGGACAAACAUUAGUUGACAACUCUAGGGGAUUGCUUCAGUGGGUGCAGAGUAUCAGUUUUGUUUCAGUUUCAGUUGACCAUUCUUUACAUCUAGUGUUGCAAGCAGAUUCACCAUCUUCUGGAACUCAUAGUGGUACUGGUCCGGGUCAAUCAAGCUACAUAGAAGGGUUCACUCCUGUCAAAUCUCUUGGUUCAACUUCUGCUUCAUACAUGUUGAUCCCAUCACCCAGCAUGCGGUUCCUACCUCCAACCCCUCUUCAUCUGCCAACAUGUCUAACUGCAGAAUCACCACCGCUUGCUCAUCUUCUUCAUAGCAAGGGCUUUGCGAUCCCUCUCUCAACUGGUUUCGUGGUUUCAAAGGCUGUACCUUCUAUGAGGAAAGACUACAGAAAUCACCCAAAAGAGGAAUGGCCUUCGGUUCUUUCCAUUAGUCUCAUUGAUUAUUAUGGAGGUAAUAAGGUCACCCAAGAUAAAGUAAUAAGAGGAACCGCAAAACAGGCAGGAAGGACUCCGAGCUCCGAAUCUAGAGAUUCCGAAAUUGAUAACCAUUUGAUUUUGGCAUCCAUUGCAGCAGAGCUUCAUGCUCUGUCAUGGAUGACAGUUAGUCCUGGAUUCUUAGAUCGCCGAACCGCCCUCCCGUUUCACACCGAUAUGGUUUUGAGACUCAGAAGAUUGCUUCAUUUUGCUGAGAAAGAACUCUCUGGGCAGCCUGAUAAAUCCCAAGUUUAAGAAGCAUCAACAACAACAAUGCUCCAUCAAUUUAUGUAAUACUUAAGUCUCUCUGUCCAUACCUCACUCACUGUAAAACUAAAAUUAUAUCAUGUUAGGUGUAUUAAUGUAUGUAUGUAUGUAUGACAUCAGCUCACAAAUUGGUCCCUUAGAAAAAGAGAAAAAAGUAGUGUGAUCCACAUCAGUUAUGGCAGUGUCUGCCAAUUAUAGAUUACGUAACUUAGGAUGAUUAUUAUUUCUGUCAUAUACACUUGUAACUGUUAGAAUCUAAUUUAGUUCUUUUUCUUUAGGUAAUUUGAGUUUGAAGUGAGUCUCAAGCACAAGCUUUGAACAUUGAACAACUUGGGCUUGAGCUCGAAAUCGAAUAUUCAAACCAAUUGACUUAAAAAGUAAAUGACCUUUCUUUGAAA